GAUGACGGUGAAGACAACGGAGGACAAAUAACUGAUUUCGAGAUAUUAGUCAUUUGGAGCUUUGCUGAUUAUAAGUUCCGAGUUUUGUAUGACUGGUGUAACUCAUUAUUUUUAAAAAUACGUCGAUUUAAGACGUAUCCAUCAACACGUCCGUCUGUCAGAGGAUCUUUGAAGGCAGUUUUCCUCGUCGCAGCUCAUCUCUCGAGGACUCUGCUGCUGAGGGAACGAGGAACUGCUUCAAACAACUCGACUCACCACAUCCAGGAAAACUUUAAAUCAAGAACUCUUCGCCUUCACUGGAAGGGCGAAAGUUGAAAAAUUUUCUCAAAAGAUCUGACUUUAGUGAACGCAAAUAUAUGUCUUUUGUCGAAGUUCUCUGACGAUAUUUCAAAAGUCAAAUUCGUUCCGUGAAAACCGAGCGGAAAUUUUCAAUUUAAUUUUCACGGUGGUGUUAGUGAGAGCGAAACCAAUAUCUUGAAGUAUUGACUUUGACUGAUAUCAGACAUUAGCAGUUACUGUCGCUAAGAGUUUUGAGUAGAAUAAUUUUUUCUAUAAUGAAAUAAUAGAAGGAUAUGCAGAAGGAAACACAGAAAAGGGCAAUCAAUAAUAAAUAAAGUGAUUAAUACAAUUAUCUUUCUGUAUAAUCAAUUCGGAAUUGAGUACAUCAGAAAUGGCCAUCAAUGUCGUCAUUCCACUUCUCAUUCCCCUCGAGGAGGAUCUGCAUAACGCUACGAGGCUACUGUCUGGUUCUGGGAGAUCCAUGAUCGAGUUUUCGCAAAACCGUUACUGCGCAGUCGUCAGAGAGGACGCACCCCCUUCCUCUGACGUCAUCAAGGUCGUCGCCAAUCACAAAGAAGGGGCGAGAGUGCAAUACAGCAUCUCUGGAGGCAACGAAGACGGUCUCUUCAGCAUAGAUGGAUAUUCAGGCGUAGUCACCCUCGCGGCGUCUCUGGACCAUGAGCUGUUCAGCACGCAUGAAAUCAUCGUGUCUGGCGUAGGCGGAGGGCAGGUGGGUCAUGCAAUCGUCAGAGUGUCAGUGACGGACGUCAACGAUAAUGCGCCUUCCUUUGUCAACCCCGAUCCUCACGUCACUAUUAUUGAGGAGGAUGACCGCCAUCUACCUUCCACUCUUCUGAAGGUCGAAGCUGAGGACCCAGACGAGUCCGACAGGUCUAAUCUUCGUUAUUCACUGAAAGGUGAUGGGGUGGAUGGCUUUGUACCGAGUGAGGCAUAUUUCACCAUCGAUUCCAGAACCGGUGAUCUAAUUCAGCUUCGGGCGUUGGACCGUGACCCUCCAAAUGGAAAGAGAAUAUGGAGAUUAAGAGUGCAGGUGAGAGACGGCCAAAGCCACCACAAGAGGCACGCGGGACGCAACCCUCAAGAGAGCUCAAUUCAUAGAUCUAGAAACAUAGACGAAUUCUGGAAUUUUGAAAUGGACUACCAAAAUGAUGAACACGCCUACUGGAAUCCUGGAAUAGAAAAAGAUGACCAGGAAAUGAACGAAUAUUUUUCUGAUCCAUUUACUACCCGAUUAAAUGGUUCUUUUAGGAAUAGAUCUGACUACGCCGUACGGGAAAGAACGUAUAUAAUAGAACCUCAUAUUCCGUGGAAUAAAAAACAUCAAACGAAAAAGCGAGCCAGAAGUUCUAAGGAAUUCAUGAAAUUGAAGAAAAGGCCGUUUAGCGAACGUGGCUUUGACGAUCUCAGUAUAGAGGCAAGUGUCCCAUCUAGGCAAAAUGUCCAUGGUGAUUAUAGACACCACAUUAUCAACAGUCAAAUAGAAACUUUAAAUAUAAAGAGAACUGACAUGACAGAUAGAACCAUUUUCCGUUCACAAUUUGUCAACAUAGACAAGUUUGGAAAAGCAAACAACAAGAAAUUGACAAAUAGAGAGUCCAACAGGCUUGGGAGACAUAGAAGAAUAGGUAGAGAAAGUCACAUCGAUAAAAAUACUGAAGCAAAGACGUAUAGUCUCAUCCCAAAAGUAAAUUCUUCGUUGAAUAAUGAUAUUCUUGAUGUUACAAACGAACACCAUGAGAGUGUUAUUCAGAGCAAAGAAAAUAGCCAAAGAGGACCCUAUUUGAGGGAAAAGAAUCUAAAACAUGAAACAUUGUUCCAGCUAAAAAUGCCGGAAGUUAUUGGUACCCCGGAUUGCCAAAUAAACAUUCAUCACUCCGCAGAUGAGAAAAUGGGAAAGGGAAUGAGGCUCCCGAAAUGCAAGAGCUCAAAAGCAGAUGUGACCGGUCAAGAAUAUAUCCAUCAAAUCAGGGAGACCGAGAUGAAAUACGAUAAGGCAGCGGCUUUUCCGGGGGAAAAUGCUGACAUUUCGGAAUACCCAACGGAAAUUACUUAUAAAAGAGAAAAUUCUCCAGAAGCCAUAAUUUCUCCUGAUAGCACUAAUUUAGAUCCUUCUGGAAGGGAGGAAUUCCUUAGUCGAAAAAGAAUUAGAUUCGAAGAAGAAAUUUCACAAUAUGCGAAAUAUGAAUCAAGAGAUGUGAAUGAUGAAUUCUCUGGAAUACGUAACCCACCAAAUUCAGAACCAAGUUUACAUGGCCUUGUCGGCAAGAAAUUUAUAGCUUUUGACGGUAACAAGAACAGUCUUUCACACACAAAAUACGACAGAAAAUUAGGGGUAGACACCAUACCUACAGGUACUAAAAGUGACCAGAAUAGAAAAAGAACUAUCAGAGCAACUCAGAUGGAGAAGAGAGAGUUAAAAACAGCAUAUGACCAAGUUCGGCCAUCUGACGUGCAUUUUUCUACACCAGAAACCGAAUUAUUUAACGAAAAGUUUUCUUAUGGAAGUUUCAGAGAAGAUGAUUUUCGGAAUUUUAAAUUAGACAGCGCAACCUCCUCGUCGAAAUAUUUUCAGGAAAGAGGAAUUUCAAAGAGAAACCCAAAAUCUUCGUCUCUUUCUAAAGAAACCAGUUUAACCUUCUUUGUCACUGCAGAACGAACGAGUAAAUUCACCAAGUUUCCAGAGUCUGAAAAGAAUGACAAAAGUUUUCACAAAGAAUGGGACCCAACAGAACCUUCACAAUUAAGUACAUCCCCACAGGCACUUAUAAAUAGAGACCUCUAUCCUGUACCCUCAUCUGCCUAUUUUUCUCAAACCUUACCUUACUCUUCUUUACGGGUAGAAAAAUCUGUACUUACAGGCAAUGAAGUUUUCCCCUUCACUGAAGAUGUAGAACGAGACACCAGUAUUGGCGAUGUUUCUAAAAAUGAUGCUCAUGUUGAUGGCAGCGUAGAACCAAGUAAUACCUCAUUCGAGAUCGCUUCGAAUGACGAGAAAACCAGUAAGCUUUCCCUCGAAUAUCCCACUUAUGGAAAUUCUAAAACUAAUUCCGAAAUUGUCUAUGAAUUGAAUGACUCGGCGGAGCGGAAGUAUUCACGAGCGACUCGAAAUGCAGCUAAAAAACAGUUGAGUGCAGUCAGCGCUGUUAUGGAGGACCACCAGUGCUCAGAACAAUUCGCCAGUUCCAGACUGAGUACAAAUCAAAUGAUCGCCGAAAGAGACGACGCGGUGCACACGGUCGAAAUGGCGGUGACAAUAAUAGUGAAAGAUAUAAACGACAAUGCUCCCGUGUUCCCUAAUAUCACCAUGUUCGGAGAGAUACAGGAGAAUGGCCCAGCUGAGCUCUCGGUAGCCCAGGUCUCUGCUUGGGAUGCAGAUGAUGCCACAGAAGGAACCAACGCUCGCAUCACUUACUUCAUCGAGAAAAACGUCAUCCACGACAAGACUGGCGACGCUAUAUUCAAUGUUGAGCCUCAUACUGGACUGAUCACUACCGCCCUCUGCUGUCUGGACCGAGAGACUACACCCGAAUAUUAUAUUCAGGUAGUGGCUUCAGAUGGUGGUGGCCUUAAAGGGACAGGGACAGUGGUGGUCCGGCUGAGUGACGAAAACGACAAUUCUCCCCGUCUGGCCAGGAAGAGCUGGGAGCUCGAGGUCUACGAAACCUUUAGCGAUGGACCCCCCAACAACAUCACCCUCCUGGAAAUGACUGCGGCUGAUCCUGAUUCCAAGAACGACUUUUCAUUUAGAGUGGUCAAGGACAGCGGUCCAGGGUGGAAUCUCUUCGGUAUCAGAUCUUCCGGCGCCUCAGGACAGCUAUACGCUCUCCAACCUCUUGAUUACGAAGAUGACAUUCACCGCCAGGGGUUCAGAUUUAUGGUGCAAGUAACGGACAGGGGCCAAGAAGGCUGGGACAACCCUCGCCAUCAGGACACCGCUUGGGUCGGUGUCCGACUGAAAGACCUGAACGACAACCCUCCAUAUUUCAAGAACACGAACAGUCGCAUCACCGUUAGUGAGGACGCCGUUCCGGGAACGCUCCUCCUCAACAUGACGGCAAAUGACCCUGAUAUGGGCAGAGGCGGCCGAGUGAAAUAUCAGAUCGAGGGAGAGUGGGACGCCCUGAAAGUGGACGAAGGCGGCAGCAUUCACCUUUACCGACCUCUGGAUCGCGAGCUGGAUGAAGACUCCAUGAGUCUCUACAGAGUCCUGGCCAGUGAUCAAGGAAACCCUUCUCUGACGUCCACAGCGACUCUCACCAUCACAGUUCUAGAUGUCAAUGACUGCCCUCCUCGUCUCCUGCCACCCACUGUCCUUCACGUUCAGGAAGGGGAGCCUCCAGUCAUGUUAGGAGUCCUUACUGCCACCGAUGACGACGUCUGGGCAUUAGGUCACGGGCCACCAUUCAGCCUGUCGCUGGCGCCGACGAAUCCACCGCAUAUCUUUGAUCUCAUCGAACUGAAAUUUAAUCAGUACAUGGAUAGCGGUAGAGGAGGUGCUGAAGUCUGGACCCGUGACACCCUCGACAGAGAAACGAACCGCGAACUGCUGGUGGAUGUGCUUCUUGUCGACGCUGGAAACUUGAAUACGACCCAGACCAUCACCAUCGUCGUUGGCGAUCUCAAUGAUAACCCGAUGAAACCCGCUUCAAAGACUGUUUACCUCUGGAAAACUCAGAACAUAGGAUCAGCGGCUCCUCUAGGCAGAGUGUAUGUUGAUGAUCCUGAUGACUGGGAUGUGGGAGACAAGACAUUCCACUGGGCUGGAAAGCCUCAUCCUUUGUUUUCUUUAAACAGCAAUGACGGCACCAUCUACGCUUCAAGUCACGUCAGGGAAGGAAGGUACGAUCUUCAGUUCAGCGUCAACGACCAACUGUGGAAGCAAGUGGACGUUUCUGCCAACGUUUCGGUGGUGGUGAGAGUUCUCACCAACGAGGCCCUGACUCACGCUACUCCCAUCAACCUCACGCCCACUACACCCACUGACUUGACUAGAGGAUGGACGCCCUCUGCCGGUGGAGGAAAACUUGGCAAGUUAAUAGAUAAAAUCGAGCAAAUCAUAGACGACGGUAACUACAAAGUGGAUGUCGUUAGUGUCUACGGAACCGACAGUAAUCCGAGUACCGCGUUUAUAUCUUUUACCUCAUCCAGCAACCAGGCUGACCCGUAUUAUCUACAAGAUCAUCGCCAUCCACGUAAUCCUCUAGACAGACACACGGAAAAUCAUCGUGUACCUUACACCUGCGUCUGGAUAUGUGCCAUUGAUGUACGCGGAAAGUUCAUGGACCUCAUCAAACUUCAGGGACUCCUGGCACUCAAUGUCAAGAAACUGGAAAAUACCACAGGGCUCGUAGUCACUUUCAAAGAACCUUCAAGUGACUUUGAAAAGAGCAAGAUCAACCUACAAAGUAGUCCGUCGGUGCAUUCCUACCAUACAGCCGGGAAAGGAUUCCAAAUAUCUGGGAGUCCAGGAGACCCUGCUACCUCAACGCUUAAGCAUGCCACUGAGGAAGGACUCGACAGGGUAGCGUCUAUGGCGUCCACAGUCCUCCCCCUUCAGGUCGUAGACACGAACAUCACGUCUUUAGUGACGCCCCUCCUUUUGCGGCCAUACAAAUGCGAUGCAGCGGAAAUUUCUUCAGUUAAUGACCGACUUUAUGUGUCUGACAGCUGCACUCCUUCAUCCUGCUUGAAUGGAGGCAAAUGCGUCAGAUUCCCAACAGGUAACAGGUGCAUUUGUCCUGGGGGGUCGAAGGGUCCGCACUGCAAAACCCUUUCGAGAUCGUUUAAAGGGAACGGAUGGGUGUGGCUGAAGCCUUUGCCCUCUUGUUUGCCAGUCUCUAUCUCCUUCCGUUUGCUAACCACCAGACGAGACGCCCUUUUGCUUUAUCAGGGACCCCUCGUUCCUCCUGACAGCAGUGAAGCCUCAGUUAUGUCCAUGUUAACGGUGCAGAUAGUGAACGAUUGGCCCCAACUCCUAUUCGAAGGUUUUGAAGAAUCUCUGAAACUUCAGGUUAACAAAACUGUCAGCGAUGGCGACUGGCACAGUAUUCACGUCCGCCUCGAUGAAAGGGGGGUCGCUAUAAUGGUGGACUUGUGUGGUUUAGGAUGGGAUGCCAAGAUGACAGACGACUCCCAUUGCGUCGCCCGAGCAGCGUGGAGCAGCUCCGUAGAUAAAAGGAUGUGGGAGACCUCUGGCCCCUUGCAACUGGGUGGGGUUGCACAGUCCCACCUCAACUCCGCAGAGUUCGGAUGGAAGACAACGGUUACGUCACAUUCGUUAGAAGGCUGCAUCUCACAUUUCAUGAUCAAUGACCAGGUAAUGAAUUUGAGUGAACCACCGUACAGUCAAAGAAGCACGUCUGGAUGUCAGUUGCAGGACUCUGCCUGUAGCAGAGCCACAGAUACUUGCGGUAUACGAGGUGAAUGCGUUGGUGGACUGAGAACUCCUGUGUGCCAAUGUGAUUUCGGCUGGUCAGGGGUUAAUUGUGAAUCUCCGACAGUGCCAACUACUUUAGGCACGAGAUCGUACAUGAGAAUAGCUUUAUCCUUCACGCCUCCCUCUGAAGUCAUUGUUGUUGAGAUUCGCAUUAGAACACUUGGUUCUCAAACCGGGACUCUAUUACACCUCGUUGGCCAGCAUACCAACAACUCGUUCACACUCCAACUCCAGUCAGGUGUUGCUUGUGCCUCCAUGUCAGGUGCAGGAUGGGGGGUUAGGAUGUCAUGCGUCAUGAGGCAUCCAGUUGGGGAUGGUAAAUGGCACACCAUCAGGGCAGAAAGGCAUGGCCAUAAUCUCCUGACAACUGUGGAUGACGGAGACGAUGGUCGAUUUAACUAUUCCUUACCUUCUCUUGAGACUCUCGUGAGAGAAGAAUUUCGAACGGUUACAGCGCCCCCGAUGCCUUUGGAGAUUGACAAACACGACGGGGUAUCAGUUGGUGGAAUUCCCCAGUUUUCGGGUGCUUCUUUACUGGGUGUUCAAGAUGACCUACAGGAAACGUGCAUAAGUGAUAUAAGGGUAUCUGGCCACCAGCUGCCUUUACCACCUAUGCUGAACGGUAGCAGUUGGGGGCAAGUCACAACUACGAAUGGUCUGACAAAAGGAUGCCAGUCACCCAGUUCCUGCCUCAACAUGACCUGCAAACAUCCUCUGUCCUGCCAUGCAUCUUGGAUGCACCCUUCGUGUAGUUGUGGCCCUGGAAGGCAGUUUGUGGACCACAUCUGCGUCGACGUCGACGAGUGCCUGCUUGAACCAUGUCUUCAUGGUGGUACCUGUUACAACCUGGAACCAGGUUACGAGUGCCUCUGCGGACCAGGUCAUCUGGGUGACCACUGCGAGUGGACCAAAGUGACUGGGUCUGCCUACCCUCUCUCUGCUCCAGUUGUUGUUGCCGCGAUAACAUUCUCCUUUUUUAUUCUAGUGGUAUUAGGCAUCUUCCUAUCAAUACGACACCAUCGGCUGCGCACUGCCAGAAGGAAGGAGUCCAUUCAGAAGAGAAACGAGGAGGCCUUAGACAGGGACACGUUCCUAGACCCCGAAGCGGACGAAGUGAUCGUCGAGGUCAUCGAUAAAAAGAAGAAGAAGAAGGAUACUCUGAGUGAAAAGUGUCAGCAGGGACAAGAGCAGUCGGCGAAGUGUCCGGAGGACGAAUCACACACGACUUUCCUUGAGUUGCUGAAGCUCUCGCGCACCAAACCACAAAAAGAGGAAUUAAGAGGUAGCGGAGAGGGGGAGAAGGGCGGCAUAAACAUGGCUGUCAUCACAACACAAGAAGGAGCCGAGAAUAAAGGAACAUCUUCGCUUCCUCGUCACCAGCAUCAUGUUCUUCGCCAUCCACAACAUCAGCCUCACUUGCCUGGAGAGGACCUGCGUAAUUAUGCCUAUGAGGGAGACGGGUCUUCAUCCGGGUCACUUUCUUCGACGCUGUCAGGUCUUCAGACGGAUCUCGACAAAGAGGAAGACUUGAAGCCCAUCUCCAAAGAAUUCGGAGAAGUGAUGGAUCUUUUAAAAAACCUUCCGGACGCCCCAAGGUCUUCCUCAUUACUAAGAAGGCUCAAAUUCAAGGAGAAGCCUUGUCAGGAAGCUGUGCAUGACUCGAGGGCAACUUUAAUAAAAUCUAAAGUAUCUCUUGUCCGUCCUAGGGACACGAAAAACCCAGACAUUGGCGGGGGAGUUUCUCCUCCCUCGACGCCGAAGGUGGAGAGAUCUACUCCAUCACCGCUGAGCGAGAAAGUUUACGUGGGAGUGAAAGAAAGGGGAGACAUGAAGACCACCGCAUGUUGAUGAAUCUUGGCUGUAUAUGUGUGUAGAGUAGAAUGACACUGAAACGACGGACAUACAGGAGUAGAAUGUAAAUGGAACGACGGAUUUACGGGAAUAGACUGUCACUACAAGGACUGACACAGAGGAGUAGAAUGUCACUGUAACGACGGACAUACGCUCUAAACCCGCUCACAUCUCGACCAGAAAUGUUCUCGUUUCCUUGCAUAACAGGAUUGCAAUAAAUAAUUUGAAGUUGACCAGUAAUUAUUGUUUUUUGUUUUACUAUUUUUUUCAUGUUUAGUUAUGUGUGUACGGUAUAAAGACGUUAUCAUGACAUGUGAGGAGAUGAAUGGAAAUAUGUGUGGAUGAGCUUUUGAAUACAACCAACUAAAGGAAACGAUUAUCAAGUACGCAUGAAUUUUGUUUAAGAAACUAUGAAGAGUAAAUUAUUGUUGUCUGGAAAGUAAAAGAUUAUA